UGCGCUGGAUGAGUUCUUUGUUUGGGAUGCUCAGUGUUUGCGAUUGGGGACCAUUUUUGUUCUUCUUGCCCAUCGGUCUUCCGGCACCUAUGUUUCAACGAUUCCCUGCUUUCACGUGAUCCUGGCGCUUCUUGAACCCAAUCCUUAGCUUCUUGCAACACUAUCAGCGUGAACUUCAUCAUGAACUCCUCAAGGGAUGAUGAGGAAUUAUCGAAACGAUCAAGACGUCUAGCUUUAAGGGAGCUGAAUCGGAAGACACAUGAUACUGGUGCGGAGCGGUUUGUGCAUUGACCCUGGAGCCAUUGGUGAUGUAUUCAAUGCAGAAGUCAAAACGCUUGACUCCUCGCUUAAGCGCCAUACCACCCUUAUUAAACGUUUAAGGCAAUCUAUGGGCGUGGAGAAUCAUGAUCAGAUCGUGAAGGACGUAGAAUCACUUGCACUUGAGAAGUAUACGGAGGAGAUCGUUUCAGCGUGUCUUGAGGGUGCCACUAAGUGUAAGAAUGACAAGGACGCAUGGAGCACCGUGCAAGUUAUCUCUCUUAUCCACAGAAGGCUUCCUGAAACGUUCACUGUCCCUCUGGUGGCUUCUUUCUUGCAGAGCCUGGCGCCGCCAUCCCAGAGUCACUUGUCCACUCUAUCUCAAGAACAGCGAGACAGAGAGGAGUCUUCCAGGGUUUCACGCCAAAGAUCUUUGCUGCGAGUUUGCUCUGAACUAGCGCUGGUUGGUAUUAUCUGUGAUGGCCCUGGAAAAAGUGGAGGUGGACGGAUCAUGAAGGUCGUUAAGGAUUUGUUGUCGAAUGACCCGUCGCUCUCAUCUCUUCCCAUUCUUGGAAUGUUUCUCAAGUCUUAUUCUUUUCCCUAUCUCGGGCUUCAUCCUCCACCAUCAUCUAAGCAGCAGGUAGCAACGAAGGGAAAUGGUGCUACACUUUCGGAGACAACGCAAUCAGAGGCCGCUCAGAGUGACUCCCACCAGUCCCAACCGCAGCUGUCGGACUCUGAUGCACUUGUCGAAAAGGAGAUACAAGAACGCUUCAAGCGUAUGUGCGAGGGCUAUUUUGAUUCAAUUUCCAAGAAGUUGGUUAAGGAGCACCUGAGACUUCAAGAGCAGGAUCGGCGUAACCAUGAGGCAUACAUUCGUUCUGGGGAAAUAUUUGAAGAUCGUCAACAGGCUUACGAGAAGAUGACCAAAAGCUACGAAAAGUCACUAGCGAGUUGUCAGGCUCUAUCAGAGCUCCUGUACUUACCACUUCCCCAUCUUCCAACGGCCGCUGAGCAGUCAGCAUCACAAAUAUUAUUGCGCGACGGUGAUCCCUCUCGCACGGGAGAUAUUGAAGAAGUAUUCGGCGUUGGGAAGUGGGAAGAUGAGGAAGAACAAAGGUUUUACGAAGAUCUCGUAGAUCUGAAAGAUUUCGUGCCAAUCAGCAUUCUGAACGUCGAUGGACCCUCCACCGGAUCCAAAGAUUCCAGGGGACUUGCAGAGGCUGAUGACCAGGAGGCAAAAGAAGCGCACAGAAAAGAACAUGAGGAUAGUGAGAUUAGGAGACUGGAGAGCGAGAUGGAAAAUAUCAAGUCGGAAGUGACUGAAGACGAUGUCAAACUUUCGGACAACGUCAGGGAUGGGCAGGAUGUCGAAGAGUCUCCAUCCUCUACUGCCGCCGUCGAUGCCCCGCAGGAUGCAUCGGUGGUCCCGACAGCUCCCGCCCCCGCUGCGCUUCUCAGUACGCUCCUAGCGCGUUUACCAGAUGCGACCAAUCGCUCCAUGAUUGAUCAACUUGCGGUGGAUUUCGCUUUUCUCAACUCCAAGGCUGCGAGGAAGCGGCUUGGUAAGUUCCUAUCACAAGUCCCGAAGAACAGGGUGGAUCUUUUCCCUCACUAUGCAAGACUGGUGGCAACGCUUAAUCCAUAUAUGCCUGAGAUAGCCACGGAGCUUAUCAGUGCGCUUGAAGACGAGUUUCGUUACCUCCAGCGUAAGAAGAACGUUGUCAAGGAAUUAGCGGAGAUGCGCCAGAAAAAUAUCAUGUUCUUAUCUGCUCUCACAAAAUUUGGACUGAUCCCGCCUCAUUUGAUCCUACACGUUUUCAAGGUGUUUUUGGACGAUUUCACGGGGGUUAACAUCGAUAAUACUGCGAUGCUUCUUGAAGGAUGUGGAAGAUACUUGAUGCGUACCGAUCCAACAAAGGCCAGGAUGGUGUCUAUGGUGGAACUUAUGCGCCGAAAGCAAAGUACCCAGCAUUUAGAUCAGCGCCAAAUUCUUGCUUUGGAGAACGCGUACUAUUUAUGCAACCCUCCAGAACGUGCUCCGCGACAACAGAAGGAGCGCACACCCAUGGAGCAGUUUAUCCACCAUCUAAUAUUCGAUGUUUUAGCGAAGAGGACGAUCGACAAAGUCCUUCGGCUUAUCAGAAAGCUCGACUGGGAGGAUGCUAAGGUUCAACAAUGGCUGCACAAAGUCUUCACUAAGCCAUGGAAGAUCAAAUUUAGUAACAUCGCCUUGUUAUCAAUGCUCACGUAUGAUUUGCAACGCUAUCAUCCCGAUUUUGUCGUCGAUGUCAUUGAUCAAGUGCUGGAAGACGUCCGUCGUGGCCUCGAAACGAACCUUUAUAAAUUCAAUCAGCGACGGGUGGCUACUAUCAAACUCCUCGGAGAGCUAUAUAUUUAUCGACUGGUCACCUCAUCGAUCAUUUUUGACACUCUUUGGUUACUUGUAACCUUUGGGCAUGCGGAAGGACGUCCUCACCCAACAAUACCGAGCGCACUCGACGCACCAGACGACUUCUUCCGCAUCAGAUUAAUCUGUAUUUUGCUGGAUGGAUGUGGAAUGUGCUUUGAUAGAGGGUCUCUCAGGAAGAAACUAGAUUCUUUCCUCGUAUUCUUCCAGUAUUAUGUAUUAUGCAAAGAACCACUCCCCAUGGACGUCAAGUUCAUGCUGUCAGACACCAUAGAGGCGUUACGUCCAAAGAUGAAGACACCGACCACACUCGAGGAGGCAGCAACUGCAGUUGAUGACAUGUUCGCCACAAUCGCGCUGAAAAUUGGAUCAAGUGGAGCGGAAGAUGGCGAAGCCGACAGCGCGGACGAAGACGGGAACGUCCGACGCGGAGAUGAGGAAGAGGAAGGAUCUAUUGAUGAGGAUCAGGGUCAGGAUGGGUCAAUCUCACCGGAAGGCGAUGCGCCUGUCAAACUUGCGGUUGCCGAAAAUCAAGGCCCCUCCGAAGAGGCGGAGGCUGAGUUUGCGAAAGAAUUGGCUAAAAUGCUCUCCGACACAUCCUCUGACUCGCGAAGGGUAGAUAAACGCACUGCUUUGGCGAUGUGGGACUCCUCGACGUUGAGCGGCGCUGUUGGAGUUGUUGGGCGCAAGAAGAGGACCGAUGUGGAUGAUGCCAACGAUAACUCGGCGAAUAGCGAACCCGGAGUGAUGAAGUUUACUCUUAUCUCUAGAAAGGGCAAUAAACAGCAGGCGAGUCAAACAACCAUUAUACAUUGUACUCGGGAGUUGCCAAUACCUGAGGAUUCGUCUUUGGCACUUCAUACGAAGAGCGCACAAUUGCAAGACAAGGUCGAACAUCAACAACUGAAGCAGCUCGUUCUCAACUACGGCCAGCGAGAGGAGGCUGAAGAGCUCAAAAGUCUGAUUGUUCUGUGUAUUUCUGAUGCGCGAGACGUUGAUCCGCCUCUCUUUUAG